UAAAAUAUUGGACAUAAAAUCGUUGUUAAAUAUAUCAUUUAAUAUUUUUUCAAUAUUAACAAUAAAAUCUCUUAUAAAAUUAUUUGAUAAUUAUGAAUUAGAUACUUAUCAACCAGAAAUUAUAACGAAGGAAGAAGAUCUAGAAGAAAAUGAAUUUAUUAACAAUUUAAUGAAAACAGAUAUAAUGUUAUAUGUUAUGCAUUUUUUAUCAUCCAAAGGUUUUUUUAAAAAUGACAUGUACAUUCAUAAAAACAUUUUAAAGCAAAUAUGGUUUCAUUUAUAUCCUCGAAGUAAAGGAAUAAAUGAUAGUUCUGGAUUUGAACAUGUAUUUAUAGGAGAAAGAAAAUCGCAUAAAAAUAUUAUAGGACUUCAUAAUUGGAUUUUCUUUUUCUGUGGAGAAUCAUCAAAUAAAAUUAAUUAUUUUGGAUUUGCCAAUAGUAAAAAAAUGGUUAAUAAAGCAAUCAUCUUAGAAGUAUAUUUCACUUAUAUUGGAAAACAUAAAAAAUCAAGUAUGUUUAUUGGAACACCUCCAGAAUUGGAAAUAGCACUUUAUACACUCUGUUUUUUUACAAGACCAAAUAAAAGAUGUAAAUUAUCUUUUGCGGGAAUUAAAUUUGAUAUUCAAACAUAUAUGUUGCAAAAUAAUGGUUUAAAAUUUAUUGCAACUGCUUUUCCUAUUGCAAAAUAGGAAAAUAUUAUUAAAUAUUAAUAGGAUAUUAUUUUAAAAUAUUAUUUUGAAUUAAAAUAUUUUAAUAUUA